CACUUCUCUACUUUUCUAACUAUAUGAUUGAUCUUCAACUGUGGUCCGAUACACCAUUAUAAUGUUUAGUUUAUAGCAAGAAGAAAGAAGAAAUAAACAUACUGCCAACCAUGGACCCUCCACUCAGAAUGGAUCCCAAAAUGGAUCCUAAAAUGGACACCAGGAAGAUAAGUGCCCAGCGUCUUCCCCCGCCUGUCCUCUUCCAAGGCCCGCCGUCACAUAAUGCCUCCAACCUCUCUCUUCCCCCGCCGGUAUCCGCUGUUCCGACAACGGGAGCCUCUCCGCGGCCGCCUCUGCAGCGCAAUCGCUCGUCUCGGGCAGGAACCCUCGAGGCCCCGGGGUCCCUCUCGCCAUUCCUGACUCGCAAACAGUCUAAGGGGGAGGUGGACGGCUCCGAGGCCAUAUGGCAGGAGAUGCAGAGCGCAUUGUCCGAGGUCGAGCUGAGCGCGGCAACGGGCGAACAUGUCUUUGGGGAGAAGCACUCUGAGGCGUUGGAAGAUCUCCGGACAAAACAGCUGAAGCUUGCGCAGGCGUGGGCGCGCAGCGAAGCCGGGGAUGAGGUUGUGGAAACAAAAGGUGCUGCCGCUGCUGCUGCGGCCACGGCAAAGAGUAAUGCGUCGCUGCGACCAGCGUCGCGAAGCACGGCUGGACCGGGCGAUUCUGCUAAUCCUGAGGAUGGUUCCUCGCGGAAUCUGGAUGAGGAGACGGAGAAGGAUAUCCUCCUCGCACGGGAGAGACGGGAGGCUAAUGAUCGAUAUUUCGAUCGGGUUAAUAAUGGUGUCUUGGACGUGGUGGCCAAGCUAGAGGAAGUCGCUCAGGCUAUGCGCGCAGUGGAAAGAGAGAGCAAAGAUAUCUGGAGUGAUACUGAUAGCAUGAGUACCACGACGCAAACCACGACUGAUACUGGGUGAGCUAGCUGUUGGCUUAUACAGGCAUUCUAUGGGCACUGCUUGAUAGCCCUCUGUAUUAUAGAAUAAGGCGACUAGCCCACUGACAGUGGAUAUGCAUUGCUGUCAACGCGGCAUACAGUGUCCAAGUACCAGCAGUCGCAAGACAAUCGCAUCAAGUCUGCGCCAACCCGCAUACUUAACCCACCACAUAGGCGGCAACAACCCCAAAGAAGUCCUGCUUCAUAUACCCAGCAAACACCACGAAUCAAGAAAACAAUAAAUGUAGCAUUAUACCGCUAGUCAAACAAAUCAAAUCCAAACAACCUAUAA